AUGAUGACCCCGAUGCAUUACAUCUUGCCUAUCUUGGGCGUUAUGUAUGAGGAAUACGGAAAGGCGACAUCCAUCUCAAAUAUCGCAGACCAAUGGACUGGUCCGAAGUCAAACCCUCUCUACAAAACACCCGUGCCCGACGAGUACUGCAAGCCCGAUUCGUCAAUGCACUCACAAGAUCGCAGAGCGAAUGCCUCGAUCGUCGUACUUGUACGAAACUCUGAGCUUUGGGAGAUCAUGAGCAGUAUGAAGCAACUCGAGGAUAGGUUCAACAGGAAGUUCCGGUAUCCUUAUGUCUUCCUCAACGACGAGCCCUUUACGCAGAGCCUCAAGCAUCACAUACGGGCCUUAACCAGUGCCACGGUCGAAUUCGGUCUCAUCCCAUCCGACCAUUGGCGUCAAGCAUCGUGGAUCGAUGAAGAACGAGCAAGCAAGUCUCGCGAUGACAUGGUUAGGAACGAUGUGAUUUACGGAGGUAGAUACCGGAAUAUGUGUCGCUUCAAUUCUGGCUUCUUCUAUCAACACGAGCUCUUGCAGAAGUACCGGUACUAUUGGAGAGUCGAGCCAGACAUCCAGCUUUUCUGCGACGUGGACUGUGAUCCCUUUCUCAUGAUGCAAGACCAAAAGGUGUAUGGCUUUACCAUAGCAAUAUCAGAAAUCCCAGCUACCAUCCCAACGCUAUGGAACGUUGUGAAGUCUUUCAUUGGUGCUAAUCCCGACUUGGUAACUCCUGGAAAUGCGAUGGAAUUUCUCUCUGAUGAUGGCGGAGAGUCCUACAGUCUGUGUCACUUCUGGAGCAACUUUGAAAUCGCAGAUCUUGACUUCUGGCGAAGCGAGGCAUAUUCGAAAUCUCUUGAUGAGAAGGGUGGAUUUUAUUAUGAGCGCUGGGGAGAUGCACCAGUUCAUAGCAUCGGAGCUGCACUGUUCGCAAAGAAGGAACGAAUUCACUUCUUCAAUGACAUCGGGUAUCAACAUGACUACUUCGAGCACUGUCCACAGGGAGAUGUGCACACGAAAGGAAAAUGUUGGUGCAACCCUGAUAAGAGUGUAUAUUCAUGCCUUUACCAAUAUGAUAAGCUAUUAUUGUAG